CACGUGCGGCGCGUGCAACGAUUACGCGUGCCACAAGCUAAUAAUAUAUAAGGCCCGUCCGGGAACACGCGUCGCGCGAAUGUGGAGUACGCGCGAUGGUGGGCGGGCGCGGUCUCGGUCGCCGGGAAAAACCGUCUCGCGGCUUCCUACGGAGGGGGAUGGUCGCGAGGGAAGGAGCGUAGAUCCGUCGUGUACGGCGGAUCUGGAAAUGCAGGGACACCGCCGGUUCUCAGUCACAGUAUCGCGUCCUCUCGCUCCGCCUCGACGACAUCGGCGCAGCCGAUGUCCGCGUCGACAUCCUCUUCCGUUUCUCUUCUUCCGCAGUCUCAUCCGGUCCGCGAAAGUUUCGAUUAUUUUGAUCGAGAAAUUUCUUCGUGCAGUUAUCGCAGUGGAGACUGUAAUGUAUGUAAAUGGGCGGCUUUUGCUCGAGGAGUAAGUGAACGUUUCGGCUCGGCGAUCGGCUGCAAAAACGACGAAGAGGAAACUCGAGGAACGCGUAUUGCAAAGCACCAGUGACCAUGAUUUUGCGAACGUGUCUGUGCCUCAAUCUCUUGACGGUUUCGGCGCUGUGUCUGACAGCGGACGAGAUCGAGGCCCAGAGAAGCGGCUGGAACCUAAAUCCCAAUACACAAUAUCACAUUCAGACCGAUGAGGGUCCGGAGAGAUUCUUUCGCUUUCAAACAGCGAACGGCCAGUAUAGGAAAGAGAAGAGAUUGGCUGAUGGCACGGUGAUUGGCACCGAAGGCUGGUUAGACCCUCUCGGAUAUUUACGAUUGAAGGACUACAUCGCCGACCACGAGGGAUUCCGAAUACUAAGGUCAAAGAUGGUUUACGUGGGCAAGGAUCGACCCAUUCAAGACGCGGUGGCGGAAACAAAGAAGGUCCCGGCGCAGACUGGAGUCUUAGCCAGACCCAAAAGGCCACCUAAUCCCUUCAGACGACCGGAUCCUAAUGCCGUCGUGCCAUUGUCCGGCAACGACAUCACUUCCGGUUAUUAUACUCCGACGACCAUCAGACCCCGGCCGAUUUUACGGAACAAUUAUUACUCGAGUCGAUACUCCCCAUCUGGACUCCAGAGCCUGGACACCUAUUAUCGACCGCAAGCUACGUACUAUCGCGGUUCUACAGCUCGACCGCCGACCCAGAUUCUCGAAGCUCCUUACGACCCUGCUAUCGGCGGUUCCUCCGUCAGGCCGAGCUAUCAGUCGCCCAUUUCCCGAAACGACCCGGGCGAUCUUCCGCCGUACGACGGCACUCACAGCACGGCGAACGGAUUCCAGUAUUAUUUAAGGAGGCAGUACCACGAGGAAGAGCGGGAGCCCGACGGCAACGUCGGCUCGUUCGGCUACAUCGAUCCGUUCGGCAUCAGACGGGUGAUUUAUUACAAGACGGAUCCGUUCACCGGCGGAUUCCUCCACAAGAAGAACAACCGAUACGUCGGCUUCAACGCGACGCCCUACGACCCGCUUCCGCCUGAUCUGUCCAGGACGCGGCUCUCGAGGGCUCCCCCAACGAGCGCCUCGUAACAGUUCCGUCAUUGUUCAUCCGCUUUGCCACGUUGUAGCAUCACGUUUUAUCGCGAAGAGCACAUCAUCCGAUACCGCGUCGACGCUGGAUUUCGCUACGCCGGACGGCCUUGGUUCGACUCGAUGGUCUCGAUAGCGAGACCGCUCGUCGAAUCGAACUGCCGCCCGUUACCGAUGUUCUCUCAAGCAAUCGCGGCUGAUCAUGAAUUUUCCGCCCCGGAAUGGAGAAAUGUGAGAGAGGGGAAGAACAAUGGUGAAUAGAAUAGUGGUCUCGCCAAUGUAGAGAUGCUCCAUAUUCCGCGGAGGAAGGAUGAAGAUUCCCCGGCCGGGAUUCUCGAUCACCAACGUUGCUUAUAUAAUAUAUAGAUAUAACGUUUCUCCAAGUGCCACGACUGAUUUCUGAUGUACGACUCUCCGUUGUGUCAGCACCGUCAACAUGGUUCCCAGUAUUAUCCGAGAUGAUAUAACGUUACGAGGAACGAGGGUCGAUUGAAUCAGGAGACGAUCGAAAUGCAGCGGAUAAGAAGGCGCUCCAACGGAGAAGAGAUAAGGAUUACGCGAGAUUAACACAAUGACUUUUCGUCAUCGAGAACCGUGGCGGUGGCUUCCUGAUUCGUCGUCCUGCCUUUGUUCUGUUAUUAUCGCGAGCGGAUGAUCGGAUACCGCGAAGAGACAACGCUAGAUGCCAUGCUGGACUACAACGCAAUUUUCAGGGAAGCGCGGUGGGACUUCCUUGAAAAAAAAAAAGAAGAAAAUUGUAAAACGCGUCGGACAAUGUUCGCCAAUCUUUCCAGUUGCGUCACCGAUCUAUGAAACGUGCGAAGACUCCCGGCCGCCAUUGUCUUUGCGUGUAAAGUUCUUUCGGUAAUCUAUUUUCGCACAGAGAUACUUCGGAAAACAUUUUCGUUUGAGAUCGUAAUCGAAGCUCAAUUUCCUUUCUCUCUUGGUAGCAACAUUGUUUUUUAGAAAACAUGUAUUCGAACUAAUUGCUUGGAUUAUAAUUGGAAGUUUCGGGAUUUUCCGUCACUUCUUUCUCUACAAUCUUCUUCUAUCUGGCGAACAGUGAUCUACGACAAAGAAGAAUCCCACCUAUCGAAUCAAAAUAGAACGGCCAACAUUUUGGCGCGAGCGGAUCGGACAUUGACCCUGCAGUGUACAAUUUAUUUUCUUUUUUAUUUGCUAGCGACGCUCUAUCAGCGAGAUAUCAAUAUUUUGUCAUACUGUGGGGCGCGCUGGUGAUUUAUAUCGCGCCGAAUAAUCGCGUCUUAAAAAUCUUUAGUGCGCGAGAAACGCUUGAUUAUGCAAGCAUGCAUUGUUGUACGCUGCGGGGUUAAUUCAGCGUGAGCCGCAGAUCCGGAAAUCUUAAUAGCUUUCUAUCGCCGAUUCUGCUGACGCUAAUAGUAGUAGUUUUCCUUCCUAGUUUAUAAUGCGCGUCCGCGGAUACUUUUCGCGUACUAAUUUCUCGCGGCAUACCGGAAGGCUAUCCGCUCGUGCCAAAAGACGAAGGGGGCCGCGUAGCGUUAGUUAAUCGUUAAGUUAAACCUCGUUACGUCGCGACAAUGGUGCUGAUUGUUAAGUAAAAGCGGAUACACUGCGCACUUUCCGUUCUUUUAUGGCGAUGAGAACCGUGCCGUUAUGCACUGUGCGCCUAAGUCAAUUGCGAUUUUCGGAU